AUGCCGUUACACCAAAGACUUGAACGUGGUUUGGUAGCAGGUGCUACCUGCCUUCACCAGGGAACGGACUCUACGGUACUCGUUGAAAACACUCCAAGACAGUGCAUUUGCAACUAUGGUAAUGCCAUUUACGUACCAACGUUCACUGGUCAAAACACGGCUAUUGAAGAAAAGAAGUUCAUGGAACGAUUCAAGCAGUUUGUCGUCCAACUGGAGCAAGUUGAAAAUGUUCGACAAGUCAGGAAGUGUGAUCAUCCCAAGGGUCCCAAUGCAUGUUAUGAACAAAGCUGGUGGAAGAAUAAUAAUCCAACGCUAUGUUUGACAGACGGUAUUGAAUUGGAAGCAUUCUCAGGAUCUGGGUUAAGGCAGCUUUUCAACGCCGAGAAGGGAGGAUAG